CUAACUGACCUCUCAACCUCUCACCCUGAUGGGCCUCUCCCUGCAGAUGCCCUGCUCUCUGACCUGGAGACUACCACCUCACACAUGCCAAGGGCAGGGGCUCCAAAAGAGCGACCCCCAGAGCCCCUCACGUCUCCCCUGCCCUAUGGCCACCAGCCACAGGUGGGGUCUGGGGAGUCUUCAGGAGCCUCUGGGGACAAGGACCACCUAUACAGUACCGUAUGCAAGCCUCAGUCCCCAAAGCCUGCGGCCCCUGCGGCUCCCCCCUUCUCCUCUUCCAGUGGUGUCCUGGGCACAGGGCUCUGUGAGCUAGACCGGUUGCUUCAGGAACUUAAUGCUACUCAGUUCAACAUCACAGAUGAAAUAAUGUCUCAGUUCCCAUCUAGCAAGGAGACUGCAGAGGAGCAGAAGGAGGACCAAUCUGAGGACAAGAAAAGGCCCAGCCCCCCUCCCAGCCCAUCCCCUGUUCUCCCAAAACCUUCAGCCACCUCGGCCACCCUGGAGCUGGAUAGACUGAUGGCCUCACUCUCUGACUUCCGAGUCCAGACCCAUCUUCCAGCUUCUGGGCCAACCCAGCCACCGGUGCCAAGCUCAGUGAAUGAGGGCUCCCCAGCCCCACCAGGGCCAACUAGCAAGGGCAGCCUCGACACCAUGCUGGGGCUGCUGCAGUCCGACCUCGGCCGCCGUGGCAUCCCCACCCAGGCCAAGGGCCUCUGUGGCUCCUGCAGUAAACCCAUUGCUGGGCAAGUGGUGACUGCGCUGGGACAUGCUUGGCACCCGGAGCACUUCGUUUGCAGCGGCUGUUCCACCGCCCUGGGAGGCAGCAGCUUCUUCGAGAAGGAGGGAGCCCCCUUCUGCCCCGAGUGCUACUUUGAGCGCUUCUCGCCGCGGUGCGGCCUCUGCAGUCAGCCCAUCCGACAUAAGAUGGUUACUGCCCUGGGCACCCACUGGCACCCAGAGCAUUUCUGCUGCGUCAGUUGUGGGGAGCCCUUCGGAGAUGAGGGUGAGCGCGCCUCACACCCGCCCCCCCGCUGCGCCCUCGGGAAUUUUUCCCCUUCCCGAUAA